UUCUCGCUGGUUUCUUGAAGGCAGCAGCAGCGGCAGCAACAGCGCAGCAACGGCGGAGGGAGGGCCCUGCAGCCGCUCUUCUCUGGUAGAAACCCCGUAGUGCAGCACAGCAACGCCAUUCGAUAACUGCAACAGUGUUCAAAAUGGCAGGAGCUGAUGGAGACGACUCUCUCUACCCUAUCGCCGUUCUCAUUGAUGAGCUGCGAAACGAGGAUGUCCAGUUACGAUUGAACAGCAUCAAGAAGCUGUCCACUAUUGCUCUGGCCCUUGGUGUUGAGAGGACUCGCACGGAACUCCUUCCUUUUCUCACAGACACCAUCUAUGACGAAGAUGAGGUCCUCUUGGCAUUGGCUGAGCAGCUUGGCAAUUUCACUAUGUUGGUGGGAGGGCCAGAGUACGUCCACUGUCUCUUGCCUCCUCUGGAGAGCCUUGCUACAGUGGAGGAGACAGUAGUCAGAGAUAAAGCUGUGGAGUCGCUGCGGAAGAUCUCACAGGAACAUUCUCCAGUUGACCUGGAGGUCCAUUUUGAGCCUUUGGUCAAGCGGCUGGCCAGUGGUGACUGGUUCACUUCUCGCACAUCUGCCUGUGGCCUCUUUAGCGUCUGUUAUCCCCGUGUCUCCAGCACUGUCAAGGCUGAGAUCCGCCAGCAUUUUCGCACCUUGUGCUCAGAUGACACUCCUAUGGUGCGUCGUGCUGCAGCAUCUAAACUGGGGGAGUUUGCCAAAGUCCUGGAGCUGGAUUAUGUAAAAAGUGACAUCAUUUCCCUCUUCACUGCUUUGGCCUCUGAUGAGCAGGACUCGGUGCGGCUGCUUGCCGUGGAGGCUUGUGUCAGCAUUGCUACUCUGCUGCCUCAGGAGGAUCUUGAGACCCUGGUGAUGCCAACCCUGCGCCAGGCUGCAGAAGACAAAUCCUGGAGGGUCCGCUACAUGGUGGCUGACAAGUUCUCUGAGCUCCAGAAAGCAGUGGGACCAGAGAUCACCAAGAACGAUCUGGUCCCUGCCUUCCAGAAUCUUCUGAAGGACUGUGAAGCUGAGGUCCGUGCAGCUGCAGCCAACAAAGUCAAAGAGUUCUGUGAGAACCUCCCAGAGGACAACCGUGAGCAAAUCAUCAUGACUCACAUUCUGCCCUGUGUCAAGGAACUUGUUUCAGACACCAACCAGCAUGUGAAGUCAGCCCUGGCCUCAGUCAUAAUGGGUCUUUCGACCAUCCUGGGCAAGGACAACACAAUAGAGCACUUACUGCCUCUCUUCCUGGCUCAGCUCAAGGACGAGUGCCCCGAGGUGCGUCUCAACAUCAUCUCCAACCUAGACUGUGUGAACGAGGUGAUUGGCAUCCGUCAGCUCUCCCAGUCACUGCUGCCGGCCAUUGUGGAGCUGGCAGAGGAUGCAAAGUGGAGGGUCCGCCUCGCCAUCAUAGAGUACAUGCCUCUGUUGGCAGGACAGCUGGGAGUGGAAUUCUUUGAUGAGAAGCUCAACACCCUUUGUAUGGCCUGGCUUAUUGACCACGUGUAUGCCAUCCGUGAAGCGGCCACCUGUAACCUAAUGAAGCUGGUGGAGAAGUUUGGAGCGGAGUGGGCUCAGAACACCAUCGUGCCCAAAGUGCUGGGCAUGGCUAACGACCCCAAUUACCUCCACAGGAUGACCACUCUAUUCUGCAUUAACGCUUUGUCAGAGGCAUGUGGCCAGGACAUCACCACUAAGCAGAUGCUACCAGUGGUCCUCAAGAUGUCCAAUGACCAGGUGGCUAACGUACGCUUCAACGUGGCCAAAUCCCUUCAGAAGAUCGGCCCCGUCCUUGACAGCAAUGCCCUUCAAACAGAAGUGAAGCCAGUGCUGGAGAAGCUGGCAACAGACACAGACAUGGAUGUCAAGUACUUUGCCCAGGAGGCUAUCAGUGUUCUGGCCCUAGCAUAACCAACCCAACAUGGCUUAACCGGACAACCACCCAAGACAACAACGCAAACACUUUUACAAGAUAUUUAUUGAUGUUCAUGAACAACUGGUAAAUGUAUAGAGAAAGCUGUUAACCAUUGUGUUAUCUUUUUUCUUUUAACUGUCCAAUAGUAGACCAUGUCUAGGCAUAGCACAGGCUUCUUCAUUAACCUUCCUCUUUGCUGUAAAUGGGUGCUUUAACAAAGGCAAAGUGUGAUGAAAUUGCUUUAAGUGGUGCAUGCUGACUAAAGUGCUACUGUACUAGCCAGGCAUCGCUAGCCAGAACCCCUCUCACAUUCCUCCCUUUUACAUCGUUGGCCACUGUUGUACUUUAGCCAAAGUGGUUGCACCUUACCACAUGUCUGUGAUCGCUACGUAGCACCUAGAGCUGUGCUAGCUCUCCGUACUGCUGCGCUUUGCUCCCUUUGCUAGACUCAAACUUUCUGCAGCAGAUGGUGCAGCAAGCUGUUUAUUUAGCUGAGCUUCCUCCCAAAUCCGCCCUUUUCCCUCGGACACUGCUGUGGCUCUCCAGAGUAGCGAUUGAAAAGUCUGUGCAGGUCUACUAGGCUGUCUUGUCCCCAUCACACCAAACCUGUUGUCUCCAAAAUGCUUUACAGGAUUAUUCUGUACAAAGUAGGACAAAGAAUUAAUGGUGUGUCCAUUACUGCAUGUAAUCUAAUACACGAUUGCAUGUACCAAUCAAUCUCAAAUUCCAACUCCUCUACCAGACUACCAUGCCCUUGUGUACUGUUUGUUCUCUGCAGCAACACAGAUUGAAUUGGUCAAACAAACAAAUUAGGUCGGCCCACUCUCAUUGGGACUGCUCCUCCAAAUCCUUAGUGAUUGAGUUGAUGUACUAGGGUGGGAAGUAGUAGUCUGUUGUAAUUUUCUGCUCUAGGUUUCCCGCAUUGCUCUUAAUCUUUGUGCCAAUGACUUUGGUAAGCAGUGGUGUUUUCUUUUAGUAUGCCUGGGUAAACCGUCUCACCUGUCUGGUUCUAUAAAGAGACCGCAUCGUUCCUUUUCUGUAAGGGACACUUCAUUCCUUGGAUGUUAUUGGGAUGGUGAAACAUUGACUACAGCUAAAGGGGCUAUGGCAUUAGCAAAUCCAUAGCACUCAUGUCCCAGAGCCACCCACUUUCCCCUUAAAGCCGUGCUAAGUCCUCCACUGUACUGGCGAUUUAAAAGCAUAAGGUCUGCGAACGUGAAGGACCACCCAAGGAUCCCUGCUUACAAAUCUUUACACGAUGGAGAACAAGUGCAUGCUUUCAACAAAAGUGGGAUGGGGGGCAUGGAGCAUGUGUACGUAAGGCUGCAUAAUGUUUAUUAUGGGUUGGGAGUAGGGGUGGUUACGGGCGGGUUGAAUAAAUGUAUCGUCUGUGUUGAUAAAAGAAACUUUUGUCUUUUCCUGAACUACUCCCGCUGUUCCUUUCUCUCCCCCCUCCCCUCAUUUUGUUCUUGAAUAAACCUUGAUUGUUGAUUGUCCUGUAUCACACAGACUGCUUUUAUUUUUUAUUUUGAAUUCUCUCCACAAGUGGGAUUCUGUACUACUGUAUCUUGAUCUGAAUAAAGUAACACAAA